UUUUUCCAUUUAAGUUGCUGGAGUCACUUACGAAAGGCAGGUCCUUGCUGCUGAAAAAGAGUUGUUAGUUAUGUCCUCGGGCCGAGUCUGGGGGGGACACUGAAAUAUUAUACGUUAGAAGCUGCCAGGAAAAAUCAAUUGAGGAGCAGGGGGUUCAACUGGUUGGCAGGACAUUGCUUCCAUUUAACGGCGCUCUUGGGGCGCCGUGCCCGUAUCCACAAAAACGACGAUGGGCAAACAAACUCUGUCAUCAGUACAGUACAUGCCCCAGGAAUCACGGCCCAGCUGCAGAGGGCCAAUAGUAAAGAAUAUCAUUUCUCCCUGGGGCAGGGGGCGAGCAAAAGGCGAGGGGGCUUUGUUUGGGACUGCUUAGCAAGGGCAGAGCUGGGAGGCAUUGUUUUAAUUAUUAACAUUUGGGGACUGCAUGACUCUGACAGGACCCAGACUAAUGUUUACAGAGUUGCCUUGAACUGAUUUGCUCUGGAAGCCAGAAGGGGAAGCAGCAAGAAGAGGUAAGAGUCUGUCUUGAGAAACGAUGGCUCCAUUUCUCUGCAUGUGGAUUGCAGCUUUCUUCGGGGUGAGCCAGGGCUGCCCAGAGCCCUGCACUUGUGUAGAAAAAAAGUUUGGCCGCCAACUCGCAGAGUGUGCUUACCGAGACCUGCAGGAGGUGCCCGCGGGGCUGCCCUCCAACGUGACCACCCUCACCCUGUCGGCCAACAGGCUCCACGCCCUGCAGCAGCGCUCCUUCCUGGAGGUCACCCAGGUGCAGUCGCUCUGGCUGGCGCACAACCAGAUCAGCGCCAUCGAGGCGGGCACCUUUGCUGGGCUACUGCAUUUGAAAAACAUAGACCUGAGCCACAACCAGCUGGCGGACUUCCCCUGGCGGGACCUGCACAACCUCAGCGCCCUGCAGCUGCUGAAGAUGAACAACAACCAGCUGGCGAGGCUGCCCGCGGACGCGUUCCGCACCCUGCGCGACCUCCGCUCCCUGUGGAUCAAUGACAACAAGCUCGCCACCAUCGCCCAGGGCACCUUCGACGCCAUGAGGUCACUGUCCCAGCUGCAGGUCUACAACAACCCACUGAACUGCACCUGCGCGCUCCAGUGGCUGAAGGGCUGGGCCGAGAACACCCUCAUCUCCAUCCCCGAGCGGGACUCCAUCAGCUGCGCAGCCCCGGACAGCUUCCGAGGCCUGCCCCUGGCCAGGGUCCCGGGCCUG